AUGCUGACCUUGGCCCUGCCAUGGCUCUUUGUCGCCGAUGCGGCAACGACGUCGUGUCGGGGGAAGGUGGCACCGGAAGGUCCCAGCUGGGAUGAGGUGCGCGGCAAUCUGUCCUUUUAUGCUGCCAUGAAUUUAGCGUCUCGAGAGAUUACGCUGGAUGUGCAAUCGCCUGUCUACUGGCAGAUGCGGGAACUGUGGAAACGCAUCGAUACCAACGCCACAUUGUCGGUGCGUGCCUCGCAGGACUGCUCCGUGGGAUAUGUGACUUUGAAAUUAAUUGGCUUCAUGUCGCUGAGCGUAUCAGCUGUAUUGGAUGAGCUGUUGAAACCACAAGGUGUGAUGAUUCACGAAACCCUUCGCUACUUAGCCUCGACGCUGGAUUGGCAUCACGUGGCGGCUGCAGGUUGGCCCAUUUUUCGCUUGCUCAGCCGUUUGGAGUACUUCGCGUACCUCGAAAUGGGCUCGGCGAAUCCCUUGAACGAACAGCUCAAAGGCACCUGGUCCUAUGAGACCCCUUACCUCGACACCGUGGAGCAGCAACUGCGCGCCAACGCGCCCGUGCCAGCGGCCGCGUCCAGCUUGGUUUUGUCGUAUGGUGAGUUCUAUUCACCCCUUGGGCGCGCCUUAGCUCUGCUGUCCCUGGCAGAUGUCUUGCGCCCGGGGCACAGCAUGAGCCGCGCACAGGUGGGAGAACGAGAAAGGUUGAUCAGACGCGCUGUCUAUUUGUUGGGUGACCAUUUCUUAAACGCCAAGUACCCGCCUUUCGUGGCGCUCUCUUCGCGUUGGCCCAUCUUUCAAAUGGCUGACAGAUUGGCUUGCGAGGCGCAGCUUCGUUGGACUUUGCCCCGCCAUGCGGCGAUUCCCCGUCCCUGGAUGGCGCUGCUCCCCAUGGCUGAGAAGGUCUCUGAUGUGGUACGCGCUUGUCGCCUGCCAUACUGUGAUUUGAGUUUUCUGGAACUGGUCCUGCGCUCCGCUGCUAUGGCUGGCUGGGUCCAACUUUUAGAAGUGGGGGCGAACCUUGGAGAUUGUGCCCUCUGGACGGCGGCACAUUUGGGGAGGCGCCUCCAUGGUGCCGUGGCUGUGGAGCCACUACCAGAGGUGGCCUCAUCGUUGCAGAGGAGCGUGCAGAUGAAUGGCUGGGAGCACAAGUUCCAGGUGAUUCAAGCAUUUGCUGGUGCGAGAAGUGGCUGGGGCCGUAUGCAUUUCCUGGGCCUUGCGGAUGGAAAUCCGUACGCCAGUGCUUCAGCGGUUGCCCCCAGCGGUGCCACCAUCCCUUCGGUCGCUGCGCGCACGGUCACGGUGUCGCAUCUCUCGCGGCUCAUGGAGAAGAAACGAUCUGCCAAGAUACUGAAGAUCUACGCCUAUGGCGACCUCCGGGACGACGUACUGGGCGCCCGUGGCGCCUUGCACCGCGCUGAUGCGCUUUGGCUGGCCUUCGCUGCUGGGCAGUUGAAACGCCCCGGGGCAGCUGCAGUCUUCCUCUUCGCCAUGCUUCGGCAUCACUUCGGCUGCUUCGCCUUGCCAGCCUUUCAAGUGGAUUGGUGUCGCUGCGCCUCGCGCUUCUCUGCGCCCCGCAUGAUGGCUCGAGCACUCAGACGUUCCAAAGGCGCAUAUAGCAUGGUCUAUGUGGCUGCCUUCAAGCCCCGCUCGCUCUUUUGCCCACCUUGGCGUGUGGCGGAGGACCUGGGCCCACAUACCGUUGGCACUUGGGACUCCCGUGGUGUGGCCAAAGGCUGCUCCUUUGGACGUUCGAGGAGACAGGUGCUCCUGGGAAAGCGCCAUGGUGCUGGCUACGAGUGUCUUCGUUGGAGAUGGCAACUGCAAGAUGGGGGUGCCAGUGCUCGCAUAGGUGUCUGGGAGCCGCUGAGGUCCUAUUUCCUGGGUGCUGAGGGGAUGGAGAUGGAACGCCUGAGAAAGGAAAAGGGAGAUUUGCUGGAGUUCUUUCAUGACAGCGAUCUAAGACCACCGCAGCUACCAUUGGAAGACGAUGAACGUGCUGAAAAGUGGUACGCUGGGUGGAAGGGAUUUUUUUCCGGAGAGUUUGCCUGGUUUAAACCCAGCCAAGGGGAUGUCCUUCAAGGCCUUUAA